AAAUUGGGAUAGAGUAGAAUAUACAAAUAUAAAGGAAACGCAGGCGUAAAAACAAUGCACAGUGGAAACGCAUAACACUUUUUUAACCAAAAAAACAAAAUUAAAAAAAAAAAAAUCCAUAUUUCAGCUUUGAGACUUAAGAGACACUUCCCUUCCCUUUCUCUCUUUCAUUUUUAUUUUUAUUAUUCAAAAAAUUAAAAUUAAAAUUUAAUUUUAAUACAUCAUUUUUUUAUUGUGCCGUCACUGUUCUAUGCUCCACCACCACACCAGCAUCGUCGUUGUCGCCGCCGCCGUCACCUAGGGUUUCAAAUCCUUCAACUUUCCCCUUUCUCGGUUUCCUUCUACAAAUUUCCGAGCUGGAUUAUCUCUCUUUCUUCUGGCGAAUCUCAAUGCGCCGCUGGUCCAGCGGCUUCGUUGAUCAAAUCUCUUUCCUUUUCCCAUCUCACUCUAUAUAUGCGUAUCAGUUUCUCUUGUUGAUCAGUUUGGAGCAAAAAAAAGGCUAGGUUUUGGUGAGAUUAGUUUCUAUUGAUUAAAAUUUUGAAUCCGAGGGUUUUUUGUGUUUGUAUUUUUUUUUUGUUUCGCGGGAUUUGAAUGGCAUUGGGUGAUCUGAUGACGUCACGAUUUUCGCAAUUGUCGUUGGCGGUAUCGAAUCAUGUCAUCGAUGGUAACGUCAGCAGUGGCGGCUACCAUGAGGACGAUGUUGCUUAUGCUGACUUGAUGUCUCAGAGGAGGGAUUUAGAUGCUGUAUCAACUAGCAGUUACGCCAAUGCCGUUACUUCCACGGCCACUGUGCCUACGACCAUGGCUUACUUGCCGCAAACUGUUGUUUUAUGCGAGCUUCGGCAUGCUGCCUUUGAAGCUUCCACGCCAACUGGACCCUCUGAUAGUGGCCUUGUUUCCAAAUGGCGCCCCAAGGACCGAAUGAAGACAGGAUGUGUGGCCCUAGUUUUAUGUUUAAAUAUCAGUGUUGAUCCACCUGAUGUAAUAAAAAUAUCUCCUUGCCCAAGAAUGGAGUGCUGGACUGACCCUUUUUCUAUGGCACCACAAAAAGCUCUGGAAACUAUUGGGAAAAACUUGAGAGAUCAAUAUGAGAGGUGGCAGCCCAAGGCUCGCAGUAAGGUUGAACUUGAUCCUACAGUGGAUGAAGUGAAGAAACUUUGUAAUACAUGUCGCAGAUAUGCCAAGUCAGAGAGAGUUUUAUUUCAUUACAAUGGACAUGGUGUUCCAAAGCCAACUGCAAAUGGUGAAAUCUGGCUGUUUAAUAAGAGUUAUACACAGUAUAUUCCCUUGCCUAUCAGCGAUCUUGAUUCUUGGUUAAAAACACCUUCUAUAUAUGUUUUUGAUUGCUCUGCUGCAGGAAUGGUUGUUAAUGCCUUCAUUGAGCUUCUUGACUGUGGCACUUCUAACUACCCUGGAUCUUCAAGAGACUGCAUUCUUCUGGCUGCAUGUGAAGCACAUGAGACUCUUCCUCAAAGUUCUGAAUUUCCUGCUGAUGUGUUUACUUCUUGUCUUACUACACCUAUCAAAAUGGCAUUGAGAUGGUUUUGUACACGUUCAUUGCUUCACGAGUCUCUUGACUCUUCACUUAUUGAUAAAAUUCCUGGCCGUCAAAAUGACCGUAAAACACUUCUAGGGGAAUUGAAUUGGAUAUUUACUGCAGUGACUGACACAAUUGCUUGGAAUGUUCUCCCUCAUGACCUUUUCCGAAGGUUGUUUAGACAGGAUUUACUAGUUGCUAGUUUGUUCAGAAAUUUUCUUGCCGAGAGGAUUAUGCGCUCUGCAAAUUGUUCUCCAAUUUCUUACCCAAUGUUCCCACCAACCCAUCAGCACUAUAUGUGGGAUGCAUGGGACAUGGCUGCUGAAAUUUGCCUUUCUCAGCUUCCAUCAUUGGUUGAGGAUCCUAAUGCAGAGUUCCAGCCAAGUUCAUUUUUCACUGAACAGCUGAUAGCCUUUGAGGUAUGGCUUGACCAUGGAUCUGAGCAUAAAAAGCCACCAGAGCAAUUGCCUAUUGUGCUUCAGGUUUUGCUUAGUCAAUGUCAUCGAUUCCGUGCUCUAGUUCUUCUUGGAAGAUUCCUUGAUAUGGGACCAUGGGCUGUAGAUCUGGCCCUUUCUGUUGGAAUAUUUCCUUAUGUUCUGAAGCUGUUGCAAACAACCACUCCAGAACUGCGUCAAAUCCUUGUCUUCAUUUGGACAAAAAUUUUGGCACUUGAUAAGUCAUGUCAGGUUGAUCUUGUAAAGGAUGGUGGUCAUGUUUAUUUCAUUAGGUUUCUUAAUAGUGCAGAGGCAUAUCCUGAACAGCGUGCAAUGGCUGCAUUUGUUCUGGCUGUCAUUGUGGAUGGUCAUAGACGAGGCCAGGAAGCCUGUAUUGAAGCAGGGUUAAUCCAGGUGUGCUUGAAGCAGCUUCAUGGUUUCACGCAAAAUGAGGCACAAACUGAACCCUUAUUACUUCAGUGGCUUUGCCUUUGUCUUGGAAAGCUGUGGGAGGAUUUUACUGAGGCUCAGACAAUUGGUCUGCAGGCAGAUGUGCCUGGAAUAUGUGCUCCUCUACUCUCUGAGCCUCAGCCAGAGGUUAGAGCUUCAGCGGUUUAUGCAUUAGCUACCUUGCUUGAUGUUGGGUUUGACUCGUUUAGAGAUGGUAUUGGAGGGGAUGAAGAAUGUGAUGAUGUUGAAAAGAAUAGAGCUGAGAUGAUUAUAAUUAAAAGCCUUUUGAAUGUCGUCUCUGAUGGAAGCCCUCUUGUCCGGGCAGAAGUUGCUGUAGCUCUGGCACACUUUGCCUUUGGACAUAAGCAGCAUCUCAAGUCAAUUGCUGCUGCAUAUUGGAAACCUCAGCCUAAUUCCCUGUUGAAUUCAUUGCCUUCACUUGCUAAUUUAAAGGGCACAGGAAGUGGAAAUAUAGUUUCUUCUCAGAUUGGUCCUUUAACAGCCAUGGUUCGGGAUGGAAGGGUAUCCACUAGCAGUCCUCUUGCUACUGCUGGAAUCAUGCAUGGAUCUCCAUUAUCCGAUGAUUCAUCUCAACUUUCUGAUUCUGGAAUACUGAAUGAUGGUGUCAGUAAUGGGGAAGUUAAUCAUUCAAGACCAAAACCUUUGGACAAUGCAAUGUAUUCACAGUGUGUACUGGCCAUGUUUACUUUAGCUAGGGAUCCAUCUCCACGUGUAGCAAGUCUAGGACGGCGGGUUCUUUCCAUUAUUGGAAUUGAACAAGUAACAAAAUCUGUGAAGCCCGCUGGUAAUAGUGCCUGGCCUAGUGAUCCUGCAAAUUCCUCAUCAACCCCUAGUAUUUCUGGAUUAGCUCGUUCUUCUUCCUGGUUGGACAUUAAUGGAGGUCAUAUGCCUUUAACAUUUAGAACUCCUCCUGUUAGCCCUCCUCGACAAAAUUACUUGGCAGGAAUUCGUAGGGUUUGCUCUUUAGACUUCAGGCCUCACCUGAUGAAUUCUCCGGACUCAGGAUUGGCUGACCCACUUCUAGGCUCUACUUCUGGAUCAGAGCGCAGUUUACUUCCUCAGUCAACAAUAUAUAAUUUUAGUUGUGGCCACUUCUCGAAGUCUCUGCUUACUGCAUCAGAUGACAGUGAAGAACUACUGGCCAAAAGAGAAGAGCAGGAGAGAUUUGCACUGGAGCAUAUUGCUAAGUGCCAGCACUCAUCUGUUAGCAAACUUAACAAUAAUAGUCAAAUUGCUAGCUGGGAUGCAAAAUUCGAGACAGGUACAAGAACUGCCUUGCUGCAACCUUUCUCUCCUAUUGUGAUUGCGGCAGAUGAGAAUGAACGGAUCAGGGUAUGGAAUUAUGAGGAAGCCACCCUCCUCAAUGGUUUUGAUAAUCAUGAUUUUCCGGAAAAGGGAAUAUCUAAACUUUGUCUUUUGAAUGAGCUUGAUGACAGCUUGUUGCUUGUUGCUUCAAGUGAUGGAAAUAUACGGAUUUGGAAAGAUUAUACACUGAGGGGGAAACAAAAACACGUUACCGCAUUUUCUUCUAUCCAAGGUCACAAACCUGGUGUGCGGAGUUUGAAUGCUGUUGUGGACUGGCAACAGCAGUCUGGAUAUCUCUAUGCAUCUGGAGAGAUAUCAUCCAUCAUGCUUUGGGACUUGGAUAAGGAGCAACUUGUUAAUUCAAUACCAUCAUCCUCAGAUUGUAGUGUCUCGGCAUUGGCUUCUUCUCAAGUCCAUGCUGGUCAAUUUGCAGCUGGUUUUGUGGAUGGUUCUGUUAGACUAUAUGACAUCCGGACACCCGACAUGCUGGUUCGCACAACCAGGCCGCAUACUCAACAAGUAGCAAGAGUUGUGGGUAUCGGCUUUCAACCCGGACUUGAUCAAGGAAAGAUUGUUAGUGCAUCCCAGGCUGGUGAUAUUCAGUUCCUCGAUAUUAGAAGUCAAAGAGAUACGGAACUUACAAUCGAUGCUCACCGAGGAUCACUUACAGCUUUAGCUGUUCACAGACAUGCCCCGAUAAUUGCCAGUGGUUCAGCAAAACAGCUAAUCAAAGUUUUCAGUCUAAAAGGCGAACAACUCGGCACCAUUAGAUACCAACAUACCUUCAUGGCCCAGAAGAUUGGUUCUGUAAGCUGCCUUACCUUCCAUCCCUACCAAGUGUUACUCGCUGCCGGUGCCGCUGAUGCCUGCGUUUCAAUCUAUGCCGAUGACAACUCUCAUACAAGAUAAACGUAUAAAUCCUUCCACAAUUUCACAAAAUCUGGAGGCAGAUCACGGUGAAUGAAACCGUCUUAGGCACAAAUUUCAUGGAAGGUCAGUGAUCCAAGUUAAUAGUUGCAAAAAAUUAUUCGAGUUCGGAUCAUUGUUCGAGUGUUUCGGGAUAUACUGCUGCCAGAUUUACAAUUCCACUAUGGGUGUUAUUGGAAAUUCAGGGGUAUAAACAGAGAUAUAUAUUGAUUUCAUUAGCCUCCGGUCACACGUUUAUCUUUGCAUAUAUAUAUACGGGGGGUUUGGUGGGGGUGGCUUUGGCAAAUAAUAUGUUAUAUAUAUAUAUAGGUGAUGCAUUGUAAAUAUUUUCCUUUGUUUUUUUUUUUUUCGGUUCCCAUUAUUUCAUGGUUUUCAAUGUGUUGAAAUUGUAAAGGCUACAACAUUUGCCAUUGUCAUAAAUUUUAAGUAUUGCAAGCAGAUUGGUUUAUGGUCAA